CGGGAAAAUCUCCCCCCGCCUUAACCCUGCACCUGCCGUGGCCAGAGCAGGGCGCGUCGACCCACAGUCAAACGCAAACCGACCCAGACCCUGGCCCAGCCUAUCUUCUGAGCAUGCAGAGUAUUGAGCUGGGAGCCUAUUCAUGCAGGUGCAAAGCGCUGGUUUGCGGAUACCCAGGUAGAUCUGCAGUGCCUAAUGCCAUGAGCGUGGUGGUGCAGCAUGUGGAGGAGAAAGCUGUGCACUCCUGGUCGCGGAUCUCCACGGCAGGAAAGAAGGCCCUGGAGGAGGCGCUGCUUGUUUUUAACCCCAUGAGCCAGGAUCUCAGUGCCACAGAGGCCCAGCUUGUAGCCUUCCUGCAGGGCCUGCGGGAUGAUGGCUUCCAACCUACCAUCCUGCGCAGCGGUGAUGUCUAUGGCUAUAGUUCAUGCACAGCCAACCCCCCAAGCCAGACGAAGUUGCAAGCUCGUGCCCCCACCCCAGCUGCCACAUCACCUCCAGCCAGCACUCCCCGAACUGCCAUGCGGCUGCCUGCAGGCCAGGCCACACUGCUUCCUGUGCCACUAUCUGGAAGGCUGGCCAAAGCAUCCACACCAGCCCUUGCCAAGCAUGCUACCACCAACCUGCUGCUGAGCUCCCUGAAGCAGUCAAGUGCCAGCCGUGCCCGGGGUGCAGCAAUGGGCUUCCCCGCCCACCUCUAUCCAGGUGUCUACCCUGCCAUGCGGCUCUCUGUUGUCCUUGAGGCCCUGGUUCCACUAAAGACUCCCAUGCCCUGCUUGGGUGCCAAGCACAAGGCACAGUCACUGCAGCUCUCACUUGCAGACUCUCCCCUGAAGCUGCGCAAAGGUCCAAGGAAGAGACCAGGGAACUCUCAGCCCAAAGCUCCCAGAAAAGCCACAAGCAAGGGCCCCAAAUGCCUGACUCAUAGAGCCCCCAGGGCCAGACCCCAACAAGGCACUAUGCCCCAGAAAAAGACCUGCAAAGCUACUGGGUCCCUCAGUGGCCUACAAAUGAAAAGUGGCUCUGCCCUGGGCACCAAAACAUCCCAGGCCAAAGCAGCUCAAACACUAGCCAAAGCUGCUCAGGCCAAGGUGGCUCGAGCACAGGCCAGAGCUGCCAAGGCCCGGGCAAAAGCCAAGGCAGCACAGAUCAGGGCCAAGGCCAAGGCAGCACGAAUCAGGGCCAAAGCCAAGGCAGCACGGAUCAAGGCCAAGGCCAAGGCUGUGCGGGCUAAGGCCAAGGCUGUGCGGGCUAAGGCCAAGGCAGUGCGGGCCAAGGCCAAGGCAGUGCGGGCCAAGACCAAGGCAGUGCGGGCCAAGGCCAAGGCAGUGCGGGCCAAGGCCAGAGUGGCUCGGACCCAGCCCAGGAGCAGGGGCAGGCCAAAAGGGUCUGUUCAGGCCAGGACUGCAAGGAGGGGCCGGAAAAGCUGCCCUGAGGCCGUGGGGCAGAAGAGGAAAAGGGCUGAGGAGGCAAAGGAUCUUCCUCCCCGGAAAAGAACACGACUUGGGCCCCGAUCCCCUAAGGCAUGGCUAGGGCCUGGAACAGCAAAGCUGCUGAAAUUUCGGGCCAUCAAGGUGGACAGGCGGUCCUCGGACGAUGAGGUUCGGCAGCGGGCUCAACGGAUCCUUCGUGUGAACCUGUCCCCUAUAAUACAGCUCCAGCCAUUGCUGCCAUACUCAGCACUCUGAUUCCUUCACAUAAUAAUGUUUGGGGAAACUGAGCCCAGUUGUCUGUGUGACCAGCGGCACAGUGUGCAAUGCCCAUGGAUUCUACAACCCCAAGGACUCUGGGUGCCUUUCCAGGGCCCUGAGAGCCACCAUUCUCCUUUCAGAGACUGGAGGAUAUGGGGUGGUAU